UGUCAUGAUAUAGGUCUAUAAACGAUCUUCCCAUAACUUUUCCUUCCUGCUCAUUCCGGAUCAAAAAGCAAAAGAACAAUAAAUAGACUUUGGUGUUGGAGCAAAGCAAUAAGUGUAAUUUGAUCUGAAUUUAUAAGGGGAUAGUACAAAGCAAUAAGUGACAUGACUCAUUUUACAUCGUUUUAAAAUCCUGGCGCCAAAGAUCAAUUGCAAAGCAAAAUGUGGGAGCUCUUUCAAUCCUCUCUACUCUUCUCUCAUCAGCAACUCUGCUAUGCCGAUAUUCUCUCUCCUUCUCAGGUACGAGCUCGAAUCGAGGUUGCAGUCUUGAAUUUCCUGAAAAUCUUGAACUCUCCGAAUCCAGAAAUCACGGAUCUUCCUCUGACGAGUCGAAACUCCAAGAAUACGAAUGUUUACCGAGGUUUAAUGAGCGAUAAUUCACACAUUUUUCUGUCUCACUCGUUCUCAAAACGGUCUAUGAUGAGAGAGAAUGCUGCUAAAGCCUUUGUUCGAGUGUGGAAGGUUAUGGAAAUGUGCUACCAGAUAUUGGUGGAGGAAAAGAGAGUCACUCAACGCGAACUUUACUACAAGCUGCUUUGUACUUCAUCUGAAUAUUUUAGCUCCCAAACACAGGUUAAUCGGACUGUUCAAGAUGUGGUUGCAUUGCUUCAUUGCAGCCGGUAUAGCCUUGGGAUCAUGGCUUCUACAAGAGGGCUAAUUGCUGGCCGGCUACUGCUUCAGGAGCCAAACAGAGAGGUCGUGGACUGUUCAGUUUGUGGGUCUUCAGGACAUCCGAUCUCAGGCGAUCUGAGCAUGCUAGAAUCGCUCAGUAUGAAAACAGAUGCACGAUACAUAAUUGUGAUAGAGAAGCAUGCCAUAUUCCAACGAUUGGUUGAGGAUUGCUUCUUUAACCAAGUCCCAAGCAUACUUAUCACAGCCAAAGGGUGCCCAGAUCUAGCCACAAGGUUUCUGCUUCAUAAGAUAACCAAAGCAUUCCCUAACUUGCCUAUUCUGGCGCUGGUUGAUUGGAAUCCUGCUGGAUUAAGUAUCCUGUGCACCUUCAAGUAUGGAAGCAUCGGGAUGGGACUCGAGGCAUAUAAAUAUGCUUGUAAUGUGAGAUGGUUAGGAGUGAGAGGAGAUGAUCUCCAGUUGAUACCUGAGGAAUCUAUGGCCCCAUUGAAACCAAAAGACAAGCAAAUUGCUAAAAGCCUCACAUCAAUGGAAAUACUUCCGGAUGAUUACAAGGAGGAGUUAUCACUAAUGGUUCAACGUGGGCAAAGAGCAGAGAUUGAAGCUCUCUAUUGUCAUGGAUAUGAUUUCUUAGGAAAAUACUUGGCGAAGAAAAUUGUCCAGGCCGAUUACAUAUAGAUAUAAAGGGAGUGGCGAAUACACAGUAUCACGAAGCAUGGCAGUUAUAUCUAAUCUGCGUAAACACUUGCAUCUUCUUCGAGAAAAACUAGUCAAAAGUGACAAACAAACCAUUCCAUGCUGCAAUUACAUCCACCUGAAAUGUAACUGAAAAAUUCAAACCACAAAAGAUAGGCAUACCUGGUUCCUUUAUGCUUUGAUUGAUGUAAGUACUAUUGUUUAUGCUCUGAUGUAAGUAGCAAUAUCAUUUGAGCAGCUCUCACAAGUCACAAAGAAGCAUGAAUGUGAAUGAAAACAUCUUAUUUACCUUAUUUCUUCAUAGUAUGGAUGCAUGUAGCAUGCAAUGAUAUUCAAAUGAAUUUAUUAAUAUCAACUAGGCUUUAUUCUCA